GAAAAUCAAAUCGCGUUCGCAAAAGAUCUCUGAAAGUAUAUAUUGAUAUUAUCUUUACUACUCUAUUUGAGCUUCACAACAGCCUUUUUCCGUGCACGACUCGAAUUAUUUAAGGUCAAAAUGUCAUCCAAGAUGUAAGUAUUCUAUCUGACAAUACCAAUGGGUAAUACCUGAUCUUUGAGCUUGUCAGCCAUGAUCGCAUACAACAUGUUUCACUUUGUGAAUUCCAACUAAUCCAUCGACAGAAUUGUUCUCGGCGAUGUGAACGGUCAUAUACAAAAUGCUUUUACCAAGUUAACAUCUUUGCAACUCAAGAAUAAUUUUGCUCUCGCUAUUGUGGCAGGAAACCUUUUCGCUGCAGCUGAAGACACAGAAGCCGACGACACAGUUACAGACCUGAUUUCAGGAAAGAUCCCUAUACCAUUACCUACAUAUUUCACCGUUGGAUCGUCGGCUCUACCGAAAAGAAUUAUUGAAAAGAUUGAAAAAGAUGAGGAGGUGUGUAAAAUUUCUCCUCAAUGGCCACAAGAUUCGUUACUCAUCGUCUUAGAUAUGUCCAAAUCUGCACUAUCUUGCAAAAAGAAGUACCACAAAGACUUCAGAAGGAAUCAAAAUAGUUGCGCUCGGCGGGCUACUCGACGAGAACAUAAUUGGAGGACUAUCUAAGGAAUCCUAUCUGCCUUUCCACACUGUUGGGGAUGCGAAGGCCCUCCACGGAGCGAACACGGCGGAUAUUCUUCUGACGACCUGCUGGCCCAAAUCGAUUCGAACAGGUUCAAAAGUCCCAAUUCCCGAUGAUUCGCAGCACCCAAAUGCUGGCGAUCAUAUCGCAGAUCUAUGCGCAGCUUUGAAACCCCGUUAUCACUUUUCUGCAUCCCCAGAUUAUUUUUAUGAGCGAGAACCUUUUUUUCAUGCCCCAACUCCAGAUGCUCCUGACUUUCGGCCUCUCACUCGAUUCAUAUCUUUGGCGCCUCAUGGCAACCCAAAGAAACAGAAGGCUUUAUAUGCAUUUUCUCUACAGGCAACAGUUGAUGCACUAGCCCCAUUACCUGCUGGUACCACGGCAUCGCCAUUUGUAGCUCGACCCAACGAGAGGAAACGAGCAGCCCUCGAGCCCGAGCCUUAUUCUAGGUAUGGAGGAAAUGACUAUAAACGUGGCCGAGGACGUAGAGGUCAAAGGCAACCACCUCCAGGACCUGGUGAAUGUUUCUUCUGUCUCUCGAAUCCAAACUUAGCUACUCAUCUUAUCGCGUCCAUUGGCAAUGAAGCAUAUUUGACAAUUGCGAAAGGUCCUUUAACCACAGCUACUACUAAUGCUUCAAUGGGUAUUGACUUUCCGGCACACGCCUUAAUUAUUCCACUUGAACACUCUCCUACCUUGGCCUUAAUACCAGAGGAGGAUUCUAAACAAAGAACUUACGAUGAAAUGGUCAAAUACAAAGAAGCUCUACAGAAUAUGAUUGCGCAACGCAGUGAGAACAAGUUGGGUGCUGUCACCUACGAAAUCAGCAAAGGAAAUGGUGUUCAUACACAUUGGCAAUUGAUUCCUGUGCCUACGGAAACCAUUCAGAAGGGUCUCGUUGAAGCGGCCUUCCGUGUCGAAGCUGAAAACCUCAAAUAUCCUCCCUUCGAGGUCAGAGAUCCAGAAAUCGGUCAGAAUGAUAGCGAUUUUUUCCGUGUUUGGAUUUGGACUUCUCCUACCGAAGAAAAUCUAGAAGGAAAAUCAAAAUGCAUUACGAUGCCAUUCGAUUGGAAUGUGCGCUUUAAUCUCCAGUUCGGUAGAACGGUUCUAGCUAAAUUGUUAAGUCUGGAGAAGAGAAUUCAGUGGAGAGAUUGUGCUCAGACAGAGGAUGAGGAGAAAAGUGAUGCGGAGGCUUUCAAGGCGGCUUUUAAGGAGUUUGAUUUCUCACUUUAAUCUUUAUUUCAUUUUUGAUACCAUGGGGUUCGGUGCAUGCAUAGUUGUGGAGUUUUUGCAUGUUUUUUUUUCAAUCAUCCAUGAAUAUUUAUAUCUUUUAGUUAUGGGAUGGAUGACAAAAAUUUUAGCUUCUUACAUAGUUUCAUGGCGACUGCAUAAAUGGUUGCAUGGUUGGUUAUGCAUGGAUGGCGUUGAGGAGAAACAUCUUUUCAUUUUCAAACUUCAUCCAAGCUAUGAGAUAGAUAUUGAUAAAUACAUACGAUAUAGCCAUUAUUCAAUAGGUAAUCGCCAACUCAUAUU